AAAGAGAGCACGGUUAUGGCAAAUAAUAAAAUAAAAGAAGCCAUCACUAAUUACAAAUUAGCAGCAAGGAAAUCCCAGCUGUGUGCUGCUGAUUGGGGAGGGGUGGAGCAUUAUAACAAGAUUUGGAACAGGUGUAAAGUAGAAGGAAAAAAGAUAAAAAAGAUUAAGUAACUAAAAUGUGCCUGAAUUAAAGUGUACAAUUUUGCAUUUGUCUUUCUGAUGUGAAGCAGCAAUGCUAUGUGCUAUAUAUGAAGGAGGAGGGAUUAGUAGAUGCCUAACCAGGCAGAACUCUAAGACUCAUUUACUCUACUUUCCUUGUUGAGUUCUUGUUUUGCUGUUGUACUCUCCAGUUCUUGUUCACUAAUGAAGGAUCUUACUCUACCCCAGAGCUACAGUACUUAAGGAUUAUGAUGUGGUUUACAGACCUGUAAAAAGGAAAUACAGAAGACAGAAUUCAGAAAAAAUUGCCUGUGAUGUGAGACAAUGUAAGAAAAGAGGGCAUCGAUCUGAGACCAUAGGACGUGACAGCUGUAUAAGAUGGGAACCCUUCGUGACCUUCAAUAUGCUUUGCAAGAGAAAAUUGAAGAACUGCGGCAGCGGGAUGCCCUUAUCGAUGAACUUGAGUUAGAACUCGACCAAAAAGAUGAACUGAUCCAGAAGCUGCAAAGAGAACUAGACAAGUAUCACUUAAUGCUCCAUCCUGCCUGUCACUCCCAAGUUAACCUUCAUGACACCCGUAGCCAUUUCGGGGAGCAGCACAGAAUGAAGAGGCAAGCCAUCUCAGCAGAGCCUAGCAUACUGAACACUCAGGAUCUAAGUCUUCUAACCAUCACCUGCUACCCUAAGAGUUCACAGUCAAAGCAGUUAAUUAGGGAAGCCAUUCUGGAAAAUGAUUUUAUGAAGAACUUGGAGCUUUCUCAGAUCCAUGCCAUUGUGGAUUGCAUGUCACCAACGGAGUAUCAUCGAGGGAGUUACAUAAUCAAGGAGGGAGAUGUGGGCUCUAUUGUCUAUGUCAUUGAAGAAGGUGAGAUUGAGGUCACAAAACAUCAGGAGAGGCUAUGCACAAUGGGGCCUGGAAAGGUGUUUGGAGAGCUGGCAAUCCUUUAUAACUGCACUCGGACUGCCACUGUUCGAGCUCUGACCCAUACCAAGCUGUGGGCAAUCGAUCGUCACUGUUUUCAGACCAUCAUGAUGCGUACUGGCUUGAUUAAACAUGCAGAGUAUAUGGAGUUUCUGAAGAGUGUCCCCAUAUUUCAGAAGCUACAGGAAGAUGUUCUAAGUAAACUGACAGAUGUUCUAGAGGAGAUGUACUACGAGGAAGGAGACUACAUUGUUAGACAAGGAGCUUCUGGAGACACCUUUUUUAUAAUCAGCAAAGGCAAGGUCAGUGUUACUCAGGAAACAUGCUCGAGUGAGGAUCCAGUACUGAUGACCACUCUCUCAAGGGGAGAGUGGUUUGGAGAAAAAGCACUGCAGGGUGAAGAUGUGAGAAUGGCAAAUGUGGUUGCAGCAGAGGCAGUGACGUGCCUUGUGGUUGACCGAGAGUCAUUCAAACAACUAUUGAGCAGAGUUGAAGAUAUCAGCAACAGAGUAUAUGACAGCAUUGAAUCCAAAACAAAGUUCUCUGAUGAGGUUGAUUUCUUUGCAAAUCUCAGCCUUGAUGACUUCAGAGUAUUAACCACUCUUGGAGUUGGAGGAUUCGGACGUGUUGAACUGGUGCAGCUGAGAACUGAUGAGAUGAAGAGCUUUGCCAUGAAAGUCAUGAGAAAGAAGCAUAUCAUCAACACCCAUCAAGAGCGGCAUGUCCUAUCAGAAAAGGAGAUCAUGCAGCUGGCACACUGUGAUUUCAUUAUCAGGUUAUACUGUACUUUUCAAGACCAGAAAUAUCUGUACAUGUUGAUGGAAGUUUGUCUUGGUGGAGAACUGUGGACCAUCCUGCGAGACAGGGGUAACUUUGAUGAUAGUACAGCUCGAUUCUACACAGCCUGUGUGGUUGAGGCUCUUUCUUACUUGCACUGUCGAGGGAUAAUCUAUAGAGACCUCAAACCUGAGAAUAUACUUUUAGAUCAUCGUGGCUAUGCCAAACUGGUGGACUUUGGCUUUGCUAAAAAAAUUGGAUUUGGAAAAAAAACCUGGACUUUCUGUGGGACCCCAGAAUAUCUGGCACCAGAAAUUAUUUUGAAUAAAGGGCACGAUAUGUCUGUAGACUGCUGGUCGCUGGGAAUCUUGAUGUACGAAAUGCUGACUGGCAGUCCUCCAUUCUCUGGCUCUGACCCCAUGAAAACAUACAACAUUAUACUUCGGGGAAUAGACAUGAUUGAGUUUCCCAAAAGAAUCACCAGGAACGCAGCAAAUCUUAUCAAGAAACUCUGCAGGGAUAGUCCUUUAGAAAGGCCAGGGAGCCAGAAACAUGGAAUGAGGGAUCUCCAUAAGCAUAAGUGGUUUGAAGGAUUUAAUUGGCAUGGAUUAAGAAAAGGAACUUUGACACCACCUAUCGCCCCACAUGUCAGUGGCCCUCUAGAUACCAGGAAUUUUGAUCAGUUUCCAGAGAAUAUAGUCAGUCCACACUCAGAGGAGGAUUGUGAGUGGGAUGCUGACUUCUGAUUAGACGUCUCAGGUGGCACACAGGGAAAGCCCAGUAGUUCUCCACGGCAUAUAGAUUUUUCAAAGGCAGCUACACGUGGAACAUUUCCAGCACUGGAUAAGAAGCUGAUUACUGAUUUACAGCUUUGAAUGGUACAAUGAUUUUCAUCUGAAAAAGUCUGGAUGGAGUACUAAUUUCUCAGAACACUAGAUGAAAUGUUUUUUUCUAACUGUGAAAGUCUCAACUGAACAAUAUUUGACUGGAUAACUCUGUAUGAAUACUGAAAUCUGACUGGGCAUUUAUGUAUGUAUAGCAAAUUAAUAAGACAGUAUUAAAAUAAAAUAAUUUCAAUGGUU